AUGGCGUCUUCUGCGCCAAGUGGCGAGGCCGUCGCAAGCCCGACAAAAGAGCCCGUUCCUGUUCAGGAGAUGGCCGCGUUGGACGUUAAGGAUCCGGUCACCGAGGCCGUUACUGAGGCCGCCACCGAAGCUGUCGUACCCGAGACCGAAGCUGCUGAGGUGCCGCCUCAUCGAUCGCAUGACCCAACCAAUAACUUGAAGAGGAGCGAUCCCUUCCAGUUUGGUAGCCGGUAUCUGGGCGAAGGAGAUGAUGUCUUCGAGUUCAAUGCCUGGGAUCACGUGGAGACUGACGAUGCGUACAAAGAGUAUGCUGAACAGCAGUACGCGAAGCAGCGUCAAAAUCCUGUCUCGGACUUUGAAAAGAGAAAGUUCAGUCUGGACCCCGCUAGAUGGUGGAAUUUGUUCUACAAGAACAAUGCCGCCAAUUUCUUCAAGAAUCGCAAGUGGCUACAACAGGAAUUUCCUAUCCUUGCCGAGGUAAUCAAGGAGGACGCCGGUCCUAAGGUCAUUCUGGAAAUUGGAGCAGGAGCUGGUAACACGGCUUUCCCUGUCCUGGCCGAGAAUAAGAACCCGCAACUGAAGAUCCAUGCCUGCGACUACUCAAAGACUGCCGUAGAGGUUAUUCGCAAGAAUGAAGCGUACAAUCCUGAGUUCAUCCAGGCCGACGUAUGGGACGUCGCUAGUGAUAGCUUACCGCCUGGACUCGAGGAAGGCUCCGUAGAUGUCGCCGUGCUGAUUUUCAUCUUCUCCGCCUUGUCGCCCGGUCAAUGGGCCAAGGCUGUUCACAACGUCCACCGAGUACUCAAACCGGGUGGCCUGGUCUGCUUCCGAGACUAUGGAAGAGGAGAUCUGGCCCAAGUCCGGUUCCGCAAGGGUCGAUACCUGGACGAAAACUUUUACAUCCGAGGCGAUGGUACCCGCGUCUACUUCUUUGACAAGGAUCAGCUCUCGGAUAUCUGGACUGGCAAGAAAGCCGACGAGGAUGCUAAGGCUGCCGCUGCCCCGGCCGCUGAGGAUGUCGAUGGUGCUCAAAGUACAGACACAGAGCAAGCCACGACAGAGAUACCCCGGUUCGAGGUGGAGAAUCUUGGUGUUGAUCGACGAUUACUCGUCAACAGAGCAUCAAAGCAAAAGAUGUAUAGAUGUUGGCUACAGGGUCGCUUUAGAAAGAAAUAG